AUGGCUUCCCAACCAGAUCCACAAACACAAGCGCCCCUCACCGUCGGCAUUCUGGCAGCAGGCACGCACCCCGUGCAAACAAUCUACCUACCAGCCCUCCAAGCCCUCUCAAACCUCUACACCAUAAGCGCAAUUUACACCUCAAUCUCCACCUCCGCCGGCUCCCAAGAACCCACGCCCACACCAGACACCAUCCUUACCAAUCCCAGUAUAUCCCUAGUCCUCAACUUCAUGCCGAACGAAUACCACGAACUCUACACAAUCGCCGCCCUGCAAGCCGGCAAGCACGUCAUGGUCGAGACCCCCGUGAGUCUAAGCAUCCCAUCCGCAAAACGGAUCCUGGCUGCGGAGCGAGACGCGCCAAACGGGGCAAGGGUAUUCGUAGCUUGUGCGAGGCGGUACGCACCCUGCUUCGAGAGCGUGUUCAAGAAGGAGGUCGCAGCGCUCGAGAGGAUCCAUUACGCCCGGUUAAGGAUGAUCGCGGGGCCGCACAUUGCGCACACAGCCACUAGUAUACGGGCUGUUCCAGGGAAAGAUGAAUCCGGGCCCGAACCUGUACCUGCAGCCAAGCACGGCGACAACGAAACGGACCAUGGUCAAGACGACGAUUCCAGCAGCGAAGACCAAGCCUCCCGCCUCCGCGACCUAAUGGAAGAAGUCUUCGGCAAAGACGAGCAGCCGAACCGCGAGCGUAUUGCGCUAAGUCGCUUCCUUGCCUCGCUGGGCUGCCAUGACCUCGGCAUCAUGCGAGACACACUAGGCUAUCCGGACGCCAUCUCGAAUAUAUCCGUAAAUGAGCCGUUCUAUUCGGCGCUGUUCCAUUACAACGGGAGCACCGGGGGUAUCAGCAAGCGCAAGCACCCGUUUACACUCAUGUACGAGACAGGCACGGACUGCGUGCCCCGGUGUGAUGCGCAGUUUGCGGUAUUGAACGGGCAGAUGAGCGCGGCGGGUUGA